UUGUUGUACCUUGUUCAAGCAUUACCAGGUGGAUUACAAACUCGUUUUCUGCCAAUUUUCUUUCGAAAGAAUGGCAUGUCCCUUGUGAAUCUAGGUUUUUACAGAUGUUUGCUGAUUCCGUGGGUUUUUAAACCACUGCUAGUUACCAUAGUGGAUACUCAUUUUAAUAAACGUUCUUGGCUAAAAGGUAGUGAAAUUAUUAUGUUAUUUCUCUGUAUCAUUGCGGCUAAUUUGCCCGCUGGACAUAAUAUUUAUUUAGUGUUGGUUUUGUUUCUGAUUAAUUGCACCACAUCUGUUCAAGAUAUAGCUCUAGAUGGAAUUAUUCUUGAAUCUAUGACUCCAUCUGCACUAGUUUCUGGAAAUUUUGCUCAAAAUGUUGGUGGUAGAGUUGGGUCUAUGUUUGCUGGUGGUUUCUUUGCAUCUCUGAUUGAUACAGUCAGUUUGAAGAAUAUGUUUUACAUCAUGGCUGUGCUGUAUCUUGGAGGAUUUUUCAUUUCUUAUGCUUUGCCCCCUCCAAGUUUAAGAGGGUCUCUUGCAAUAUCUGGUUCUAAUACAUCUUAUACAAGCGAUGGGGCAUCAAAUGAUCAAGAAGACUCGUUGACACACUUGUCUUGCCAAUACUUUCAAUUAUUUCAAACUGCUGGUACCAUAUGGAUGACAAUUUUCCUUUUCUUUUACAAAAUGGGUAAAAUUCUAAACUUGCUAACUAUUUCCAUUAAGUUUAUAAUGGCUAAAAUUCUAAACUUGCUAACUAUUUCCAUUAAGUUUAUCAGGGGUAAAAUUCUAAACUAUCUAACUAUUUCCAUUAAGUUUAUCUUAGACUAAUGAAAUGUGACUUUUUUAUAUUUUGAAAAUAACAGUUUGUCUAAUACAAAGUUAAAGCCUAGUAAGGCAUUUCAUUUUCAAUGAUUUUAUGUGUUUUAGCAGGUUUUUAGCCAACAAGGAAAUCAUUUUAAUUGAUGCAACUAUCAAUAAAAAAAAAAGUAUUCUAAAUGACAAUCUUUUAUUGAUGAUUGUUUUCAUAACUAGUGAUUUAUUGAUGACAUUAAACUUUACACUAACAGAUUUUCUACUUUAUACAGGAGAUAGUGGUGUAACAAGCACAUUCCCAAUGUUUUUGAUAGAUAUUGGUCAUGGAGCAUCCCAUGUUGGAAUGUGGACAAGCCUUUCCGGCGAUGUAUUUUCAAUUAUUGGCUCUACUGCUGUAGGAAUAUUUACUGCUGGGUAA